GGCGGCGGCGGCGGUGGCGGCGGGGCCCGUCGCGGGGAAGCGGCUGCCCUGAGGGACUCGGAGCGCCCCUCCCGCCCCUCCCCGGCCUCCCCCGGCCAGCCGUCCCCCAUGGCAGCGUGGUCCCGGGAGGCCGUCCUGACCCUCUACCGGGCUCUGCUGCGCCAGGGCCGCGGGCUGCGCUACACCGACCGGGACUUCUACCUCGCUUCCAUCCGCCGCGAGUUCCGCAAGAACCAGGGGCUGCAGCGGCCGGAGGACAAGGAGAGGCAGCUGGAGAAGGGGCAGGCUUUCCUGCAGAGCAAGCUCGGGGGGCUGGUUUAG